AUGGGCCCGGGUCAGCUUAAGACUUUGAUCGGUACGAUCAGGCGAAAGCCGAAUCGUGCUCCAAACACCAAUGAAGCUGCUCCACCACCCGAAAAGACCAACCUUCUCCACGAUCUAACACACUUAGGAAUAAAGAAUACAAAAACUGUAGCUCAGGCAAUAUCUACCCUCGCGUCUGGACAACCGAUGAACGACAAGGAAGAGUUGCUUGAAAACGGCGUCGAAAUGUUACAAUCUUUACCAGCAAACAGUGGUCUAAGUGAAAUUGUCUCCAACGAUUUCAUCAGUAUGCUCUGGAACGACCUUCCCCACCCUCCCCCAACACAAUCUGGACCAUCUGCACGGUUUAGAAAGCACGAUGGGAGCGGAAAUAAUCCAUGGAUACCUGAGAUGGGGAAAGCUGGGACACCAUAUUCAAGAAGCGUCCCUCCUAUGAAGCCAAAAGGACCAAAUCUGCCAGACCCAGAGCUCGUUUUCGAACAAUUACUAAAACGAAACGGGCCUUUCCGCGAGCAUCCCUCUGGAUUGAAUCGGUUAUUCUUUUCAUUUGCAACUAUAGUAAUACAUGAGUGCUUUCAAAGCUCUCGGACCAAUCCAUGGCUCAACGAAACUUCAAGUUAUGUUGACUUGAGCACAUUAUAUGGCAAUACCGAGAAUGAGCAACCACGAGUCCGGACUUACGUUAAUGGAUUGAUAUAUCCUGAUUCAAUUGCAUCUGAAAGAAUAAUGAUGAUGCCGCCCGGUGUCGUGGCGGUUCUCCUUUUGUUUUCGAGGAACCAUAAUCACAUCGCCGAAAAUCUUUUAACCAUCAACGAAGAUGGUCACUACAAAGAAUGGGAAAUGCUAACCGAGCAAGAAAAAAAAAGUCAAGAUGAAGAAAUAUUCCAAAUAGCAAGAAACAUUAAUGUUGGUUUCUUCGCGUCUAUAGUGCUCAAAGAUUACGUUGCUGCAAUCUUGAAUACUCCACGAGCCAAUUCAACUUGGUCACUUGACCUCGGAGCUGAAAUAAAAAAAGGCGCGACUCGGAUUGAAAGAGGAACAGGAAAUGUGGUCUCGAUUGAAUUCGUUGUUCUUUACCAUUGGCAUGCUGCUCUUAGUGCUGCUGACGACAAAUGGAUGGAAGAUAUAAUUAGAUCUGUAUACCCUGAUCUCAAGUCUAUUGAUGACGUUACCCUUGAUAUGUAUAAAGAAGUUAUGAAGUGUCACGGACAUAAGUUAAUGUCCACUCAACCUAAAGACUGGACAUUCGGUGGUCUCGAAAGGAAUGCUGAUGGACAUUUUGACGACUACGAACUUGGAGAACUUAUCAAGAACUGCAUCGAAGAGCCAGCUCACGCAUUUGGAGCCCAUGGUACACCUGCAAGCUUAAAGGUGGUUGAUAUCAUGGGUCAAUUACAGGCUAGGGAUGUCUUUAACGUCUGCACCAUGAAUGAGUUCCGGCGUUAUCUUAACUUAACACCCUACAAAAGCUUUGAGGACUGGAACGAAGAUAAAGAAACAGCUCGUGCCGCAGAGCUGCUCUACGGAAAUAUCGAAAACCUUGAGCUUUAUCCCGGGCUGAUGGCUGAAGUGACUAAGCACCCACGUGCCGGAAGUGGUGUAUGUCCAGGUCAAACAACUGGACGUGGAAUACUGGACGACGCAGUUGCACUCGUUAGGGGUGAUCGUUUCUUAAGUUAUGACUUUAAUAGUACCACCUUGACAAAUUGGGGCGUCUCAAAGCUUGGAUCACCCAGCGGUGGAUCCUACGGUGGCGUGCUCCCUGAACUUCUAAUGAAGGGGAUUCCGGGUGCCUGGACAGGUACUUCAAUUUAUGCACUCUUGCCUUUCUACACUCCUACAGCUGCCAAAGGAAUAGUAAAAGGGAACAAAACCAUCGCUCAGUAUGAUCUAGAGCGUCCUCCGAGUGGUAUGGCGGUUGUCGGUAUUCACACUCAUGAGGGUUGCAAGAAAGCUUUCGAGGAUCGGGAGAACUUCCGUGUCAUGUAUAUGAAAGCCAUUAAAGAAUGCACCGGUGGAUUUGAAUUUAUGUUAGGCUGGGAUGAUGCAGCUCGACAUGACCCUCGAUCUACCAUAUUAUACAAAGCCUUCUUCGAAGAUGGAUUCGAGGCCAACAUCUCCAAAUUUUUUGCCGAGACAACACCAAGAUUGAUCAAAGAGAACAGUCUUAAGUACAAUGGGAGCAAGAGAUCUAUUGAUAUUGUUAGAGAUGUGACUAAUGUGGCUCCAAUCCUCUGGCUCGCUCAACGCUUCGCCAUACCUCUAAAGACGAUGCAAAAGCCAAGAGGUAUCCUAUCCGUUCAAGAACUCUUCAACGUGUACCUUGUGCUGUUCAUUUACCAAUCAUUCAAUAUCAUACCCGCAAACGAAUGGAAACUUCGAGAGGGAGCUCACAAGGCCGGCGCUGUGCUUCGGUCUAUCCACGACGCUCAUCUUAAGACCCAACAGGGUAUAACCGAAGGAAUUGUCGACUGGUUAGCCAAAGAUAGCGCAUUUGAAGUCGGACCUGAAGCAGAUCGUUUGUACCACGCCCUCAACGAUACAAAACUACCUGUUGGUGAUCUAUCCGCUAGCUGCAUUCUUCUUGCUGCACCAGUAGCCGGCAACAUCACACAACAAACUUCGCUUCUUGUUGACCUGUAUCUAAGCCCAGGCUAUGAAGAAUACAAGGCACGAAUCAUCGAACUAUCUCACAUGGAUACUCCAGAAGCAGAACGUGAAUUACAGGGAUUCGUCUACGAAGGCAUGCGACACGCUGGAGUAGUACCUGGAGUACCACGGGUGGUAUCGAAGGAUAUAACAUUUAUUGAUGGAGCGCGUGGACCAAUUAAUCUCAAGGCCGGCCAUACAGUACUAAUUGCAACUGGAAAAGCUGCCAUGGACCCAGUCGCAUUCCCUAACCCCGAGAAGCUUGACCCUCAUCGGGACUUUAAAUCAUAUUCUUUACUCGGCCAUGGUAUGCACUUUUGCUUCGGCGCUAGGAUUGUGGGAUCUGCUAUGGCGUCCAUGCUUCGGGAAAUAUUUAAGUUGAAAAACAUUAGACGCGCUCCCGGAAAACGUGGCCAGUUUUCGGUUGUUGAGCACGCGCUUGGCGGGACGCAGAUGCGAAUGUACUUGAACGGAAGCGCCAAUGAAUCUCCAAUACCUACCACACUAACUCUUGAGUACGAUGAAUAA